CGUUGCCGGCGCGGAGGUGCGGGCCGGGCGGCGGGAGCCGUGCGUGCUCGGCCUGGAGCGGCGGGCCGGGCGCUACGGGGUCGUUAUUCGCUCCCAGGAGAAAGAAAACUCUGAUCCGGAUUAUAUUCCCAUCAACAGCCGCUUUAAAUGUGUGCAAGAGGCAGAAGAAACUCUGCUGAUUGAUAUAGCUACAAACACAGGCUGCAAGGUGCGGAUCCAGGGCGACGCGGCGCCGGAGCGGCUCUUCGAGAUCCCUGACGAGGAGCGCUGCCUGGGGUUCCUGUCAGAGGUGCAGAGCAUACAGGAAGCCCACCUGAAAGCGUCUCUUCCUGAAGCUAAGGACUCAGCGGUCUGGCAUCAGGUGCAGAAGAGCCUCACGGGUCUGGCUCCAGGAGCUCUGGGAUUUGAGGAUGACUUCAACACUAUGAGCCUAGAAGAGAAAAGAAACAUGCAAAACCACCAAACAGGAUCUCGACGGGAGCCCCCGCCUCCUCCCAUCCCUCAGAGUAAGCAAUUUCACCGAGAGAGAGAAGGCACAUCCAGAGACCAGCCCAAGGUGACCAACACGAUGCGCAAGAUGUUUCUGCCCAGCACACAGUCGGGGCAGAGAGAGGGGCUCAUCAAACAUGUACUGGCCAAGAGGGAAAAAGCCUACAUCAAUCUGCACAACUUCAGGUUCUUUGUGGGAACGUGGAAUGUGAACGGGCAGUCUCCUGACAGCUUCUUGAGUCCAUGGCUGGUGUAUGACACGGAGCCUCCAGACUUCUACUGCAUUGGGUUCCAAGAGCUGGAUCUCAGCACGGAGGCUUUUUUCUACCUUGACUCCACGAAGGAGCAGGAGUGGCUGGCUGCUGUGGAGAGGUCCCUGCACCCUAAGGCCAAAUACAAGAAAGUGCAAAUGAUCCGCCUGGUUGGGAUGAUGUUGCUCAUAUUUGCUAAGAAGGAUCAUCUGAGCAAUAUCAGGGAGAUUGUGACAGAGUCUGUGGGUACAGGAGUCAUGGGAAAGAUGGGCAACAAGGGUGGUGUGGCCAUCAGGUUCAUGUUCUACAACACCACCUUCUGUGUCGUCAACUCCCACCUGGCUGCCCACGUGGAGGACUUUGAGCGCCGAAACCAGGACUACAAGGACAUCUGUGCCAGGAUGUGCUUCCUGAUCCCCAGCUCAGACAGCCUGGCUGAGCUCAACAUCAUGAAGCAUGAUGUUGUUAUCUGGCUGGGAGACCUGAACUACAGGCUGUGUCUGCUGGAUGCCAGUGAAGUGAAGAAUCUCAUCAGCAAGAACGAGCUUCAGAAGCUGCUGACAUAUGACCAGCUGAAUAUUCAGCGUACUCAGAAGAAAGCAUUUGCAGAUUUCAUGGAGGGAGAUAUUAAGUUCAUCCCCACCUAUAAAUAUGACUCUAAAACAGAUCGCUGGGACUCCAGUGGGAAGUGUCGUGUGCCAGCGUGGUGUGACCGGAUCCUUUGGAGGGGAGGGAAUGUCAACCAGCUCCGGUACUGCAGUCACAUGGAGCUCAAGACCAGUGACCACAAACCUGUCAGUGCCCUGUUCCGCAUUGGGGUGAAGGUUGUGGAUGAGCAGAAGUAUCGGAAGCUGUUUGAAGACAUUGUUCGUAUAAUGGACAGGAUGGAGAAUGACUUUCUUCCUUCACUGGAGCUGAGCAGGAGAGAGUUCGAGUUUGAGAAUGUGAAGUUCCGUCAGCUGCAGAAACAGAAGUUUCAGAUUACCAAUAAUGGGCAGGUCACCUGUCACUUCUCCUUCAUCCCAAAGCUCAAUGACAGCCACUACUGCAAGCCAUGGCUUCGGGCCGAGCCUUGUGAAGGUUACCUGGAGCCAGAUGAGACCACAGAGAUCUCCCUGGAUGUGUAUGUCAGCAAGGACUCGGUCACCCUCCUCAACUCUGGCGAGGAUAAAAUUGAGGAUAUCCUUGUCCUGCACCUGGACCGAGGCAAGGACUAUUUCCUGACCAUCAGUGGCACCUACCUGCCCAGCUGCUUUGGCACCUCGCUCGAGGCCUUGUGCCGGAUGAAGCGACCCAUCCGAGAAGUUCCAGUCACCAAACUCAUAGACCUGGAAGAAGACAGCUUCUUAGAAAAGGAUAAAUCCAUCCUGCAGAUGGGCUCCCUGGACAGGGAGGAGGCAAGUGAGGUGCCACUGCAGGUGCCAAAGGAGAUCUGGCUCUUGGUGGAUCACCUAUUCAAGCAUGCCCUCCACCAGGAGGACCUGUUCCAGACUCCAGGCAUGCAGGAGGAGUUGGAGCAGAUCAUUGACUGCUUGGACACCAGCAUUCCUGAAACAAUCCCGGGCAGUAAUCACUCCGUGGCUGAAGCUCUCCUCAUCUUCCUGGAGGCUCUGCCAGAGCCUGUGAUCUGCUAUGAGCUGUACCAGCGCUGCCUGGAGGGGUCCCACAGCAGCCGCCUGUGCCGACAGGUGAUCCUUCAGCUGCCCAGCUGCCACCGCAACGUGUUUCGGUACCUAAUGUCCUUCCUGCGGGAGCUGCUCAGGUACUCGGUGGACAACAACGUCAGUGCCACCAUGAUCGCUGCCCUGUUCUCCAGCCUCCUCCUGCGCCCUCCGCCCAACCUGAUGGCCAAGCAGACCCAGCAGGACCGCCAGCGUGCCAUCAACUUCCUCUACAGCUUCCUGCUCACCGGGGAUGAGGAGUGACUCGUGCCAGCCAUGUGCCAAAGCCGGGCCCGCGCUCCAGCCGGGCCUCUCAGCUCCGAGGGGUAAAGGCUGGAAGCUCUCCAAGUGCCGUGUUUACAGCUGGAAGGGACAUUCCCCCUCCUUGCCACGCCCCACCCCACACUGCAGAGGAUCUGCACACUCAUUGCACUGCCAUCCACCUGUGAGCCUCCCCGUGGGGCCAGGUGAUCUGUUGAUGCCCGGGUACUGUGCCGGCACCCAUCCAUGCAUGGCACAAUCACCAGUUCCCAGGUCACGCUUCUCUCUGUGUCACCCCCAUCUCCCAAGGGCUGCUGUGGACAAGGGUAGGGAUGGCUGGUGUUCUCGAUGCCAGGUACAUGUGCUGGUGCCUACACCACCCCAGACUGCUGUGGGACAUACGCCACCCUCUGCCACACAGCCCUGCCAGCCCUGAUGCCAUCACUGUGCUACGGACCGUGCUGGCCCAGGAAGGUUGCGUGGACAUUUGGCCUCUCCCCCUCGGCAGGGCCUUUCCCCUGCCCCUUCCCUCCCAGGACACAGGGCCUCGGCACACAGGUGUGUGCCUGCACCCCCCACUCUGCCCCCACUUUCCUGUCCCUUCCCUGCCCCAGCUUCCCCCGAGGACACAGGAUGGAGGGUGGCUCGCUAUGACCAGAGUCAGGCAGAGCCACAGGGUUGUCCUCCUGGGCUGUCCUGAGCAGGAUGGGACCAUUGUCCGUCUAGCCCAGCCUGCAGUGUCGGGGUAGGACAGCCUGGUGCCACUAGAUGGAGUCCAUUCUCUCCUUUCUGGGGUGCCAGCAGAGGCUGCAGGUUUGGAGGAGUGAAAGGAGCCAGAAAUGCUCCUGGGGGGCCAGAGGAGCAGCUGGGGGGCUGUGCAGGCGGCUGCAGUGCAAGGGUCAUAUACAACUGGCUGAGGGUACAGCCCUGGGGCUGGUGACUGAGGAUGCAAGAGUGGCCUGUCCCACUGAAACACUAAGAGGCCUGUGGGGCCACGUCACCUCAGGUGAGGGAGGCCAAAGCCAAGGGGAGGAGUUGUAGUCACUGAGCCCCUACCGGUGCCUGGGCUCAGCCCAGGGUAUCCUGUGGCCCUGUGGUCCCCAUGCACUGGCUGAGCUGGUGUGGGCUCCCCUCCCUUCUGCCUUUUCCUUAAAAUUUUUAAAUUACAUAAUUUAUUGGGAAACUGUCCGUUCCAAAUAAACCUCCAUUGUGCAAGG